AUGACAGUUGUUGACAUCCAUACUCAUGUCUACCCUCCAACUUUCAUGGAGCUCCUCCGCUCACGAACGACCGUACCCUAUGUGAGAACAUUUCCAGACGCCCCGGAUUCCUCGCGUUUGAUUAUACUCCCGGGUGAGGAUGAUCCCUCUACUCCUUCAACCUCAAGAGGCCGUCCCAUUGGCCCUGAAUAUUACGAUAUCGCUCAAAAGAUAGCAUUCAUGGAUGCCCAUAAGAUUGACAUAUCCGUUAUCUCGCUUGCAAAUCCUUGGCUCGAUUUCCUACCUGCAGAAGAAGCGGGCGCUGCCGCCAGGCGAAUCAAUGAUGAUGUCGACAGCAUAUGUGCUCAGCACCCUGGACGGCUAUAUGCCUUUGGAACCCUCCCUCUUUCCGCACCGGCUGAGGUUGUCGUUGAAGAAAUUGAGCGACUGUCUAAAUUGAAGUACAUUCGGGGUGUAAUCAUAGGAACUUCAGGCUUGGGAAAUGGAUUAGAUGACCCGGCUCUGGACCCAAUCUAUGCUGCACUCGAGAAAUACGAACAAAUCAUCUUUCUCCACCCUCAUUACGGUCUCCCUGCGUCGGUUUAUGGGCCUAGAGCCAACGAGUACGGCCAUGUUCUACCUUUGGCAUUAGGUUUUCCUUUGGAGACAACCAUUGCGGUAACGAGGAUGCUGUUGAGCGGCGUCUGGGAUCGUUUUCACAACUUGAAUGUCUUGCUUGCUCAUUCUGGGGGUACGCUGCCGUUCUUGGCUGGAAGAAUCGAAAGUUGCAUUAAGCACGACGGUCAUUUGAAGAAUCACGGGAAGACAGAGGGCAGGCGCACUGUUUGGGACAUCUUAAAAUCCAAUAUCUAUCUUGAUGCUGUGAUCUACUCAGAAGUUGGCUUAGGGGCAGCUAUUCAGGCAUCCGGAUCUGACAGACUGAUGUUUGGUACCGACCACCCUUUUUUUCCCCCUCUUGAAGAGGAUGUCACAGAAUGGCAUAGUGUCAAUGCAAAUUACGCUGCAAUCUCGGCUUCUUUCGCAGACAGCCCUACAGGAGAACAAGAUGUGUUAGGCAACAACGCAGUUCGGAUCCUCAAGCUGGCGUGA